AGUGUAGCUUGGGCCACCCGACGACUAACAACCGAAACAAAAUUUGUUAUCUACCUACAACACGGUUGCCGAUUUUAAGUAUACGGCGCGUCGCGUGUUUAUUAGGUGCAACCACAUUUAAAUAUUUAUAUUUAUAUAUAAAAAGGAAAAAAAUUGAAAUAAAUAGUGUGUCAGUGCCGAUCUCUGCGAGAUGUCUGUGUGAUAUAUUAUCGAGUUAUGUGACAUUUAGGGAUGCCCGAUAGAUCGUUAUCGACGAUUUUAAAUUAUCGGAAAAAUGAAGCAUCACCACAUCAUCCGUAUUAUCUUAUAUUCGCAUCUCGAUAUCAGAUAUCGCCACAUUACCACCGAUACCGGCUCUUAAAUACGUCUUAAAAACAAAUCACCGACCCGAUUUAGACAUGUACCAAAAAUGCGUAUGUUUUCUAUUUCUAGUUAUCCUAGCCGUUCUAAGUUGUUCAGCUUUCCACAUAGAUAACCUCGCCAUGGCGGAUUUUUCUAAAAAAAAUUUCCAUUUUCAAAAACCCCAUAAAAUUCGGCAUCACAGGCUAUGGAGGACUCAAGCUCGCGAUCGAUACCCCAAAUCUCAAAUCGAAACAUUCGUAUAUUAUCCCCCACCACCGAAACAUACCCCAUCGAUUACACCCUCGACCAUCGACGGUGAGAUACUUGAACGAAUCUCCUCGAAUACUCAUUCUGGAUCGAGCGAGAUUUCCACGACGUUUCCCAAUGAAAAUCUCGCUCAGAUCCCUCCGACCGAUUACGUUGUAUCAAGAGCGCAGCGCUCCUCGGAUCAUCGACAGAGGAAGCCCAGAUGGACUCUAAAACAAAACGAAGAUAUUUUCGCGAAAGCUUUUAAAGCGAAGCUUGUAGUUUUAGCGGACGUCGAAUCGAAAUCUAUCAACGAGGCCAACGGGGCCUGUCAAUUUUACGCCAAAGUGAUAAAAGAUUUCAAAGGUAACGCGCAAAAAUAUUUCGGUAGUGUAAAUAGGUACUUGAGGCAUAUUGUGACGGCGGCGUGCGAUCUAGUCAAAGAGAUGAAAAUCUCCAGGAAAUAUGUGUUGUUGUUGAAUAAAAAAAACGAUAAAUUGGUGUUGAUCGACACCCCGAAACCUAAGAAAGAUCUGAGGGCGUCGACGAGGAAAAAAUUUAACAGGGUGUGUAAAUCGGGGUUUGUACCAACGAAGCCGCAAAUAGUCGAAUUGAAAGAAUUCUCGCCGAAAUCGCAGAAAAAAAUUGAAAAAAAAUAUCGAAUAUUGACGUGUACGGUAAAGGGUUUUCCCUUACCUAGGAUCACGUGGAGGCGGAAUAAUGUAAUCCUGCAUCAUAAUAAAUCGUAUAACGUACUCUAUAAAAGGAGGAAGAGUAAACUGGUGAUCAAGAAACAUGAGGCAGAUUCUCUGGGCGAAUACGAGUGUAUAGCUGAAAGUCUUAACGGACUUAUGGCGUCCAAAAACAUCACUGUUAAGCCGCCUCCACCUAGUGAGAAUAUUUUUAGCGCUAAAAGUUGUCCAAAACCAUACGAUACUGACUUAUGUCAAAAUGGGGGUAAAUGCUUUUAUGAAGAGUCUAUCGGCGAUUAUGGAUGUGUUUGUCCGGAUAAUUUUAGUGGGAAGAAUUGUCAACUGAAACUGCCCAGUAACACGAGUAUGUAUCCCCAACCCGAUUUAUACGCUUGUAAAUUAGGUCUAGCGACAAAAUAUAAUUGUUAGACGAAAGAAAAAAAUUAUUUUCAAAACAAAAAUGAAACGAGUAGUGAUGGACUUUUUUCGAAAAGACGAUUGAGAAAGAAAUUGUAAAUUUUUUUUUGGAAAAGCCGUUUCGAAUCGGAAUCUUCUUCAUUCAAAUUUUGAAUUUCGCAUUGAUAACAACAUCACUCAAUAAGUCGUUUGACUAAAACACUUUUUUUGCCAAAAAUCAUUCCAACGCUUCUCUAACUCUCUAUGACGUGCUUUUAGAAGGAUUUGUCUUAGCAACAAGCUUUUUUGAGAUCAACGAAUAUCCACUAGCACCAAAUCUGGACUAUACUGUGGAUAAGGAAGCAAUUCGAAGUGUAAUUCGUCCAAUUAAACCAUCGACUUGUGAAUCGGUGCAUGUCUUGGUCCGGUUCACCGACAGCAGUCCAUUCAGAUGAUGAUCAUUUUGAUCAUGAAUCAUCAACACGUUGUUGGUUUUGAUCGACGUGAGUAAACGCGGUAUCCAUUUUGAAAAAAGCUUUCUCACGCUCAAAUGUUUUGAAAAUAACAAAAGUAGCUUCACUUAAAUGGCUGUCACUUUUUUCUAACCAAUCGAAAUGUCACGAAACUUCACACAUAGUGUUUUGAAAGUUGGUACUUCACAAACGUCAAAAGGAUUUGUCAACGGCGGCGCCAUCUGUAUGGCAGUCAGACGAUUUACUGAGUGACGUUCUUCUUCUCAAUUUUUUUCAUUAAAUCUUGCGAAAUUGCAAAUUUAAAUGGAAAAUAUUCAGAUUCGUAAACAGGAGGUGUUAGAUUUGUUUCUACUUGAAGAAACAUUGUAAAAAACUUGUUACCGAUGUACAUAUACCAAUUGUGUAUAUUUGUAAACUAUCCUAUAUCUAUAAGACUGUCUUAAACAAAUUGAAGAUAAUUUUGGUUCAGAUCCAAUACAGUUAUUUAUACAGGAAGUCCCGCAAACAAGUAUAAGUACACCAUCGAAUCGGUAAGUUUUUUUUUUCUAUUAAUUAUAACUUACUAAGAUACUUUUUUUCGGGACAUUCUGUAUAAGGUACGCUUUUUACCAGUUUUUAUAAAUUCUACCAUCUCAAAGUUUUUUUUUUCGAAAAGUUUCCGUUUGAUUCAAAAAAUUUCGAUCGAAUUUUUAAGGUUAAAGAGUCGAUUAUUUUAUACGGGGGAUGGUACAAAAGUAAAUUGGUAAAAAGCGUAAUACACCAACAUCAGGAAAUGAUAUUUUACAUUUUUUUUGUAUAAAUUUCUGUAGAUAUAUUUAUUUAUUACAUCUUUCACUCACAACAAAGAUAAUGAGAGAAUCUUAUAACAAAACCUAAGAUAGUUGUAAAAUUAAUAAUAAAAAAUAUUAAAAAAAAAUAAUUGACGAAA